UUUGAAAGGAUGGUCGGACUUACGGGUGGGGCCCAUCUGUACGCGGCCGGGCUCCCGACGGGGAUGCCGGCAUCGCAGGAAAUUGUCCGUGACAUGGGAGGUGCAAUGCCAACGGCAGCACCGACCAGUGCCGAUGCCUGCCUCAGCAUCGUCCACUCGCUUAUGUGCCACCGUCAGGGGGGCGAAACUGAAAGCUUCUCCAAACGGGCGAUCGAGUCGCUGGUGAAGAAAUUGAAGGAAAAACGGGACGAACUGGACUCUCUCAUCACGGCUAUCACCACCAAUGGCGCACAUCCGAGCAAGUGCGUCACGAUACCGCGUACGCUCGACGGCAGGCUACAGGUCGCUGGUCGCAAAGGAUUCCCGCACGUGAUCUAUUCGCGCAUCUGGCGCUGGCCCGAUCUGCACAAGAACGAAUUGAAGCACAACAAAUUCUGCCAGUACGCGUUCGAUCUCAAGUGCGACUCGGUGUGCGUCAAUCCGUAUCAUUACGAGCGGGUCGUAUCGCCCGGCAUUGACCUCUCCGGCUUAACGCUGCAAUCGGGACCAAGUCGGUUGAUAAAGGACGAGUACACGCCCGGUGCGGUCGUUGGCGGUGGUGGAAUGGACAUCGAUGGCAACGAGAUUGGAACCAUUCAACACCAUCCCUCGCUGGUGGCCGGCGGUGCUUACGCCACUAUGGGCAUGCAUCCACAGGUUACCGAUCCGUUAGGCAUGUACGGUUCUAGUAGUGGCCCUAGGCCAAUACCGAAGCUGGAGUCCUCCGAGCAGCAGGCCCGAAAUAAUGGUCCCAGUAGCUGGAUGAGCAGUGGUGGGCCAUCAUCGGUCGCUGUGGCAAUGGCUUCGGCAGUCGCCUCAGCCAGCAGUCAACAGCAGCAGCAGCACAGUCGCCUUUCGUCUUCUUUGCCGCUUUCCUCCGUUAUCGGUGGCCCAGCAGGGCUGUCAAAUAAUGGUUUGCGCGCACCACAAAACUCUCAGCAGCAGCAGCAGCAACAGCAGCAGCCUCAACAGCAGCCACAGCAGCAACCGCAGCCGCCACCUCAGCCCCAACCGUCAUCACAAUCCAGCAGCCAGCUAACGAACGGUGGUAACGGCGGGGGUCUACUUGGGUCAUCGGCGCAAUCGGGAGCGCCUGGCGGUGGCCUAGUUGGCGGCGAAACAUCUCAGUACUACACCAGUGCGGCCCCAACCGUAGUGGUCGAUCCGUCGAUGACGAACGAUCCGCAGGCGAUGGGUGGUGCCGGAAUGGCCAGCGGACCGCUAUCUGCCACAUCACCAGUAUCACCUCAUCUGCAACAGAAUGGCUAUGUGUCGGCCAGCAACGGGCAGGCUCCACAGACCGUUCCCGGACAGCAACCGACGGUCCAGAAUCCGGCAGCGCAACAGUAUCAACAGCAGCAGCAACAGCAGCAACCUACUCAGCAACCGGGAAGUUCGGCAACCUGGUCCGGGUCGAACACCCUCAACUACACCCAGUCGAUACAACCUCCCGGCCCACACCAGCAACAGACGCAACAGCAGCAGCAGCAACAGUACUGGCCACACGGUUCGGGAGGCUCAGCCGGAUCGGUCGUAGGAUCCGGCACCGGUUCCUCGUCGAGCACCGUUGGCAACACCGGCAGUGGCCAGAUGUCCGAACUACCUGGUCAGCAGCGGUUACUGUCGCGACAACCGGCACCCGAGUACUGGUGCUCGGUAGCAUACUUCGAGCUCGACACCCAGGUGGGGGAAAUGUUCAAAGUUCCCUCAAACCGGCCGAACGUCACGAUUGACGGAUACGUCGAUCCAUCGGGUGGCAACCGGUUCUGUCUCGGUGCCCUCAGCAACGUGCACCGGACGGAGCAGAGUGAAAAGGCAAGGCUGCACAUCGGGAAAGGUGUCCAGCUGGAUCUGCGCGGCGAGGGCGACGUUUGGCUGCAGUGUCUCAGUGAUCAUGCAGUAUUCGUACAGAGCUACUACCUCGACCGGGAAGCGGGCCGAACGCCGGGCGAUGCAGUGCACAAAAUCUAUCCCGGAGCGUACAUAAAGGUGUUCGAUUUGCGGCAGUGCCAUCUGCAGAUGCAAUCGCUGGCUAACUGUGCCCAGAAAGCGGCCCACCUACAGGCAGCCGUUGUGUCGGGUGUGUCAUCCGUCGGUGCUCCGAGAAAUCUAUCUGCGGCCGCCGGCAUCGGUGUGGACGAUCUGCGACGACUGUGCAUACUGCGGCUGUCGUUUGUGAAGGGUUGGGGUCCCGAUUAUCCACGGCAGUCGAUCAAGGAAACGCCCUGCUGGGUGGAGGUACAUCUGCAUCGCGCCCUCCAGCUGCUUGACGAAGUACUGCACCAAAUGCCCAUCGAUGGUCCCCGGGCAGUCGAGUAAGCAGAUCGAAAGAGAGAGAGAGAGAGAGCGAGAGAGAGAGAACUGGUACUGCACGGUGUGUUAGCCACGGAACCGAUCUUUGCGGGGACGACGGUUGAUUAUAAAUGUACAGAAAUCGAAAGAUCCAAACUCCAGGAUUCUGUAAAUAUGGUCUGUGUGAGUGUGAGUAUGUGCUGGUAAGAAUGCAUGAUGUCGGUGGAGGACUGUGGCGAGCUACAGUAGUGAUGAUCCAAUGAAGGAAGGGUUUCUUCGACGUUCGGACAAGUGUGAUUCUAUUAUGACAAAGAUUUAGUUUUUUAAGGCAACAACGUACACGAUAACUGCGCACUCCCUCCUGUCGCAACACGUACGCCCCAUACCCUGACAAAUAAGGGACCUUCACAAAGGGGCAAGUGAAGCGCAUCACAGCAGAGCGGGCAGAAUACAUCUCUGUUGGUUUAGUGCUAGGAGGAUCACCGAAGGAAGAUCGAAGCCACGGUGGUGGAGUUCACAUCUUCUCAUGUAUACUAACUAUUUGCAAAACUGUAUAUGACUAUAUAGAACUACAUAUAUAGCUGUUGGCAGAGAUGGGACACUCGCGAACGGCGGGCAGGAUUUCCGUUUGGGUUUGGGCAACGGCGGAUAAAAACUGCAACGCACUAACUCGGGAUGCGAUGUUGUAGCAGACAAACAAAAUCACUAUUUAUAUACAAACAAUAUACUACCGAUCCUACUUGUUGCUACACGAUUACGCGAUCGAAGCGAUCGCGGCUGUUGAACGAAACAGAGGAAAACAAAUAUAUUCGGUUCAGGUGUUGUAUGAAAUGAAAACACAACCAAACAAAUAGAAACAUGAUAGACUACGGUUUCGUUCCACUUUACAGUGAACCUAAAAAGACAAGAAAUGAAGGGACAGAACGGCCGACAAAACGUAGAAGGAGGCAGACAGGCAAGUGACAGCACUCUGUUUCCGAACGGACCCGAACUUUUCAACCGACCGGCCAUGGGGAUUGGGAACGAAGAAGCAAAGUGGUGCCCGAGAGACAGGCCCGGACACAGAAACAUAAACAAACACGUGCAAACAACCUACAAAAAUGUUCUACCUCUGACAAGAGAAAAGUAUAUGAAAGGAAAAGUUACUACACGCGAUCGCUGUUCAGAAAGGGAAACGAAACAUUCGCUCCAGCAACAUGGAACUUGACGGGGGAUAUCACGAGGGCCGAUCACGAGUCUCCCGGAUCUCGCAGAAUCCGCUACCGAUGCGGUCUGAGCCGAUUCACUUUGCACUGUCGUUUCCCCGCUAAGAGCCGUAUUUUGUGCAACUUGCUUCUUUUCACCUAGUGGGGUUGCACGGAAUGUUUGCCGAAAGUUUUUUUACACUAGGCAGUGCCUCAGCCAGUUUGCCAUUUUCAAGCUAGAAACAAAACACAAAACGUAACGCAGUACCGACUAUUUUCGACGAGUGCCCAAUUUACCUAGGAAUUACAGAAAGUUAGACUGAGAGAGAGAGAGUAGUGGGUUUGUGGAAUGAUGUAGCAAAACAAAACGCAAGAAGAAUAACAAGAUGCUUGUGAGCAUUGUUUUUCAAGAAUCUGUUGUGCUUCCGGUGCCAUGCUGUUGUGUGUCUUUUUCAUUUUUAUGGUGCUACCCAGCGCACGGUGGAUCGUUGAAGAGAAGCGUUGAAUCUGAAGAACUAGUAAAACUAGUUGUCGUGUCAUGUUAAUUUUAUAUGUAUCGCUACUUCCCAGCUACUACAGCAGCCAAUAUGCGUUUUUCUAGCCUUCAUCGUACGCCUAAUCUUUCACAUGGGGGACCUUUGGGUCUUACUUUCCGGUGGCGACUUUUGUAAGGAAUCAGCGAUCGCGCGUCGUGUGGUGUUGUUUCCAUCUUUCUUCUCUCAGCAUGGAUGUGCGAUAACAGAGGGACAAGCAUAAGAGAAGUUUGGACGCCCUGGGCCCUUGCCUCGUCUGGUACUCAGGGAAAGCUGCAAGAAACAACGAGAUGUGUAAGAGCUACGGAUAAUGUAGCAAUACGAGCCACGUUGUAGACAUAAUUGCUCUGUACUAGAAACGGUGAUUCCGUUUUGGUUUGAUAGUGGAUUUGCUAAGAAAAUGGUACCACGGAACAAAAUCAAAGAUAUAUUUUACAACAGAAAGGAUAAGUGAUCGUUCAAUUAACGUCACAAGUGCAAUGCGUUCAAGCUCACCAGAGAGACACCCCGUUAUGAGUAGAUGAUCAACUCGCAGAGAAUCGUUAAAUAGAAGAUAACACCCUCAAAGUAAGGGGGUGCCAUUUAGAAGCCCCGAAACCGUCUAGAAACCGAAGGUCCUUCGCAAAACCUGAAAGGAAAGUGAAAAAGGGGGGAGCAUCUGAUAAGUUCCACUUUAUUCAAUUAGGUUUUGUUUAACAUUUUUACGUUUUUCGAUUGUUUAUUUGUCCACUGUGUCGUGUACGCUUCUCUGUGGUAACAGGCAAAGAGCAUUACAGCGGAGAACGGAUUCAUUUAAAUGUUGCUUUCAACAAGGCUCGACAUCCACACCUGUUUUUUUUAAGGAAGCAAAAGCCAAACAUUUGGUUAAACAUACUGUUUUUCGGCUGUGUUUAGUAUUCGCCCAUUUUCGACAACCCCUGACAUCUGCAAAAAAUAUUUCUAAACGCUUUUUUAUUUUCGUAUGUUUGCUACGUUCCGACCAUCAGUUGAUCGGUCGGAUGAGAGGACGACGCAGUCGAUCGAUGAAAUCCGAUCAGAUCCAAGACAGCGAUUAUAGAUGGCAGUGACCUGGCACACAAACCACACACAGGGGCAGAGGGAGCGUACGGAUGGGCCAUGCGACGACAGUGGUGGCGCGUGGUGGAAACGAAAUAUGAGCAUGAGCAGUGUUGCUGCGAUGAUUAACUUUAAGAAAGAGAACGUAAAAACAACAAAACACAAAACAAACAUAGAAAGUUGCCCUUAUUGC